CGCAUGCGCAAAAAAGGCUGUCGCGGAGUCCUUGGGGAGGCAAGAGGCUAACUCUUGCGCAGGCGCAUUAGGUCCCGGUCGCUAUGCGGGUUCUAGUGGGUGGCGGGUCAGGCUUCAUUGGGACUGCUCUAACCCAAAUGCUGAAGGCCAAAGGCCACAAAGUGACGUUGGUCUCCCGAAAGCCAGGGCCAGAUCGGAUCACGUGGGAUGAGCUGGCUUCCUCGGGGCUGCCCCCCUGCGAUGCCGCUGUCAACCUGGCAGGAGAGAACAUCCUCAACCCCCUCCGAAGGUGGAAUGAAGCUUUCCAAAAAGAGGUUAUCAGCAGCCGCUUGGAGACCACGCACAUGAUGGCUACAGCCAUUGCCAAGGCCCCACAACCUCCCCAGGCCUGGGUCUUAGUCACAGGCGUAGCUUACUACCAGCCCAGCCUGACUGCAGAGUACGAUGAGGACAGCCCAGGAGGGGAUUUUGACUUUUUCUCCAACCUCGUCACCAAAUGGGAAGCUGCAGCCAGGCUUCCUGGAGAUUCAACACGCCAAGUGGUGGUGCGUUCCGGGGUUGUGCUGGGCCGCGGGGGCGGUGCCAUCGGUCACAUGCUGCUGCCCUUCCGCCUGGGCCUGGGGGGCCCCAUUGGCUCAGGCCACCAGUUCUUCCCCUGGAUUCACAUCAGGGACUUAGCUGGAAUCCUGGUCCAUGCCCUUGAAGCAAGCCACGUGCAGGGGGUCCUGAACGGAGUGGCUCCAGCCUCUGCCACUACGAAUGCUGAGUUCGCCCGGGCCUUGGGUGCAGCCCUGGGCCGCCCAGCCUUCAUCCCUUUCCCCAGCACUGUGGUACGAGCUAUCUUUGGGCGGGAACGAGCCAUCAUGCUGCUGGAGGGCCAGAAGGUAGUCCCGCGGCAGACGCUGGCUGCUGGCUACCAGUAUUCCUUCCCAGAGCUGGGGGUCGCCUUGAAGGAAAUCAUAACCUGAGUGGGGAGGCUCCAGGCAGGGCUCCAGGCCUGCACUCAGCAGCAGCUACCUGGUCAGAGACGGCAUAAGCUCAGGUUCUCCUCUACUUGAGACGUGAAACCAUCUGCUGCUUAGGGAAUCCUCCUUCUUUCUCGUUGUCUUGUUGCCACACCUUAUUUAACUGAGAGGCUGCCCACCUUUUCAAGGUUGCACUCUCAUCAGGUAAGAACUGUAACCUCUUCAACUCCUUGUAAAUCCCAACUUUGGUUUUGCUGUAUGUCCUGUUCCUGCCCCAUUUCUCCUUGCUGUACAGAGAAUGUUCUGCAGUUUAGGCAAUAAAGACACAUUAUCUCACUA